AUGCCGGUCACAUUCGGUGCCGUAGGCGACAUCAUCUCCGUCGUUUUGCUUGUGAAAGAUCUAGUCGCAGCGCUCGACGAGGCUCGCGGCUCCAAAGCAGAGUACCAGGCCGCCGUACGCGAGCUUUGGACUCUCGACCGUACGCUCCUCGAGAUUGAUUUACUUACUAGACAGCAUGGGGAUGGAGCUACGCCUGAGUUACGGAGUCUCUGCGAAACAGCAAAGCAAGCCGUAGCUAGAUGCAACGACCGCGUUAGCGCCUACAAGAAGCGCAUCCAGGAAUACCAGCGCGCUUUUGAAGUCGGUAAAGUGAACAGGGUCAGAGAGAUUGGAAGGGCGAUUGGUUGGAGGACUGGAGAGAAAGAAGCGCUGGAGCAGUUUCGCGCAGAGAUCGCGGGGACGACAUCAAGUCUGCAGAUGUUGUUGAUUACGGCCAAUGUCACGUUACUUGGGGUGAGUCGAAAAGAGAUGAAUGACAAACUCGACGAAGCAAAGUGCAGGAACGACAGGGUGACGCUCUUGCAUGAUGCAUCACUCAUAGACAUCAAAGACGGCAUUGAGAAUGCUAACCGCAAUAUCGAAGUUGCCAACUCGAUAUUGGGGAACGUAUCCGAAGCACUCAAGUUAGAUUGGCUCCGAAAGCUUGGUUCUGAGCUCAAAGGCAUGAUACGAGGCGCGAUGACGAUCAACUUCGCAACUUACCAUGCUGUUAUGCGCCUGCAGACUUCACUUCCCAGCUACCUAGAGCGAAGCAUGUUCGAGGAGCCGAUAAUACUGGACGAUCCUAUGGGUCGUAUUGUGCCUGUCCAUUUGCAAUUCAUCAACUCUUGGGAUGCUUUCCACUCCGUUCUUGAGCUGCGUUUCCAGGACAUGCCAGGUCAGAUCAAGAUUGGACGAAGGCAAUACGCUUUACAAGCCCGAGAAUGUCAGAUGUUCUUUCGGAGGAUUACCGUGAUUCAGGACGACGAAUCUCCGCUACAAGCCGGUCAACAUACACGAGAGCCCGACUUGCGACCAGGAGCUACAGCCACCGGUAGUCGAAAACGAGAUAUAUAUGAGCUCAAUGAGCGCGAGGAAGAGGACGUGAGAAGCUUCAAGCGAGUGCGACUCGUCUCCAAAGGAAAGCGUGCUGGUAAAAGUGUUCGCUUUCCGCAUGGAACGGUUGAUGUAGAGACGCUCCAGAGGCAUCAAGAUUUGGACAAUGUCAUGGAUCUAUUUGGAUCACUGAAUGGACGUUUCACGCACCUUCGAGCGCAAGUCGAUCGAUUCCACGCCCAGGCCAACAAAGAAACAGUCGAGCAAGAAAUGCAAGGCGGUGGGGAAUUCAGUCUUGAACGUCAUGGAAAGCUUAUGGAUUCUCUCAAUGCACGUAGAGAUAGGAAGGAGAGGGCUAGGAUGGAGAAUCAAAGAGAUAUGUGCACAACACGACAAGAGCCCUGGAAGGAGAAUCCAAUCAGGUCAAAGUCAGGGCUAACAUGGAAACCACAAAUCAUUCGCGAGAAAAGGCCCCAAGAUUACCCGAUCAUCCACGCUCGGCUCCACAGCCAGUAUAUGGUUGACACCUCCGACGAUGAAGACGAAGACUUGUAG